AUGCUCCAUUUCUCUUCUCCCGACGAACUGCUGCAGCAUGUAGAUUCACUCUCUCAUCACCGCCGCUGCGCGACUCUCGUGGAGUUUGGCCGCUGUAGCAUCACUGCGACCGAGCAAGAGUCAAGUGCUCUGCAGAGUAUCAUUACAUCGCUCGGUGCGCCGUCGCAGGGGUACUACCAUCACCUUCUUGCUGCCUUUGCGCUGCGUGGCGCUUUCGCAGAGGCUCGAAGAGUCGGGCGGGCCAUGCCAGCCGCACUGCUAGCCACGGCGUCUUCACUGCUGGAGGACUCGUCCCUCAAGGUGUCACAGCUGUUGAUGACGCCUAUGUGUAUCUUGGCCCCUAACGGAGACCGGCAAACUGCAGCGAUGACGAUCAAGUUUUUACAGAGGGCUCGGUUCCCCCAGUUCAAGUGCCUAGUCAAGCGACUCGUUCGUGCAAAACGGACACAGUCUCUCCUGCAGCUCUACCAGGCGCACACAGUGACGGACCCCGCCAAGAUGCAACUGCUCCUCGGCUCCCUGAGCCUGGAAGAACUCGAGAAGCUGCCGAAAGAAGAGCAGUACGCUCUUGACACCGAGUCGCUUCGCCUCUUGUGCCGUUAUCAUCCUCAGAGGGUAACGCAGUACUUGACGGCUCGGGUGCAGGAGCAGGUGAACCUCAGCAAGGCUGUGGAUGCGGCACUUCAAGAGCUGAUUCAGAAAGCGCUCGUGUUUCUUGCUACCCACGGUGCAUCGAAAGACGGCCUAUCCCUCUUUACUGCCACAGCGCACCUUCUGAGUCUGGAGCGGUGCACUGUCCAUACCAUGCUGGAGCGCUACUACCUCUCCGUCUUUCCGGUUGAAAUCGGCAGGUAUCUUCUCGACGGCGAGGGACGGGAGAUGGUGGCGGCCUUUUCUUACCCCCUGAACUGCACGAUGCCGCGGCGUGCCUGGAGGCGACUUGAAAGGCACACUGACCUCCUUCUACGGCUGCUGGACAGGGGCAUUCUCUGCACGGUGACCAUCUGCCUGCCGUCCAUGCUUCCGGGGGCGCGGCGCGCCUACUUCGCGCGGGGCUGCAGGGAGCUAGAGGACACUCGUGGAGUCUUAGAGGUGCGCUGGAUUGCUUGUAUGCCAUCUGCAGCGGAGCGCCGAGCGUUUGCCCACCGUUUCUACAAUCACGCGAAACUGCAAGACUUCCCAGAUGAGCGUAUCGACUAUCUUUCCCUCCUGCCCUUCCCUGAGGCGAUGAGGAUCGGGGAGGCUUACGUGACCAGCAACGACGCUGAGAUUCGCUGCCAGAUGAUUCGGGCGGGCCUUGCGUCCCUCCAGUACUACCCCGAGCACCUGCCAGCUGCCCUGGAGUUUUGUGCAAAGCGGCCAAAAGAACAGGAUCCGUGGCGUAGAGCGAUGCUUGAGGCGUGGGCGGCACUGCCGCUCGGCUUCUGGAGGCGUACGGUCACGCAUAUUGCCGAUGGCCCUUUGCAAAACAUGCUCACACAGCUGAUUCAGGCCACCUACAGUGCCAGAGACGUGUCCGACCAAACAUUGCAAGGGCUGGAAAAGCUUCUCUGCCGUCUCGUUGGGCCGCAGACGAACUUUGCCGUCAGCCAGCUUGUAACGCUUAUUCGCAAGCGAAAGCAGUUCACUAUCUGGAUGAGCCCCUCGCAUGCCUUUCGCCAUUUACCCCAGCUGUACCCGCACGCUCUUCCUGUCCUGGCGGCAGCACUGCUUCCGCUUGCGCAGAUGCUGAUCCGCAGCGGCAGCAUGUGGCCGUCGAUCCACAUCCUGCAAAGCCUUCUCGAAAGCGAAGCCGUCGCCAAAGCCCUUCUGCGAGAAACGUCUGCGCCGAGCAACGGCGAGCCCUCGAUUUGGUCUAUCGCGCACGAUACGCUAAGAGCCGGUAUGUCCUCCACAGACGACGGGGUUGCAAAUGUGUCCUUGGAUCUGUACUCCAGGCACUUUGCACCUCAGCUGUCAGUUGAGCUUUCAGACCUCAUCGCAGAGCAGAAGGACUGGGUGACUGUCAGCAAAGUGCAGCACCUGGUGUGUGACACCCUGCAGGGACCGCUUCUGGACACGCUCGUGACACCCAUUGAGAACAUCCCCACUGGCCGCUUUCACCACACAGACAGCAACUCGUUGGCGCUCGUGUGUCAGCUGCCGGUAGAGAAGGCACACCGGUGGACAUCGCGCCAACAGAUCCGGUACGCACAGUCUUGUCUCCAAGCCAUGUACACCCCACUUGAGUUGAACUUUUGCCAAUACAACAAGUUUAUUGCGAAUCUCGCCAGGCUGCCUGCCGUCUCCGCCGCCACAAGUUGGACGGACGCUGAUGGAAACACACGGAGUUUGAUUACCCUGGCAACGGAGGUGCACCCUGAGCAUGGGAGCUAUGCGAUGCGGUUGGCGCUUCAGGCACUCGGCCAGCUGGACGGCGAUGCCGCAGCCCAGAAGGCCCUACAGAAUGCGCUAGAUGUGGCGGACCUACGCGCAGAUGCACUUCGGGCCCUGGCCACCACACUGCGACGCGUGCCGAGCGCCGAGGCAGUGCGCAUUCUUGAGCCAGUUCUAAAGGAGAACCAAGUGACGGUGCUGAAAGAGGCGCUACGCCUUCUUGGCGCGAAGCGCGACGACGUGGCGUACGCGCGCAUCGUUCAGUUUGCCGCCGAGCGUCAUCUACCCAUGCCUUCAGAAGUGACUGGUGAUUGUGGUGGCGUCGCGGCACCUUCUGCUGUCGCCACCUCUACGCCACCUGCUGCGUUGAGGGAGGAGACCGCGAUGGCUAUGCACGGCGAUGUGCUGGCCGCCUUAGUGGCAGCGCUUUUCAGCUUUCUUGACAAACCGCAGGUGUGGUCGUACUACAACUUUAUUGUCAUGCAGGACUGCGGGGCAACGCAACGGGCGGUGGGUGCCGAGGUGCCAGCUGCCACUAAAGGAGAGGAAAGCGGCGAUUACGCAGAGGAAGCGAAUACUGCCGCCACCUCUUCUGGGGACAAACAGGAGACCACACCAUCUUCGGCGGCUUGUAGCGCAAUGUCGAACGUGCAGUGGAAAUGGCUCCGACUCCCCUGGCAGGUGCGGGAGUAUCAGACGCUUCUUCAACGACUUCUUCACCACCCGGUGCGCGACGUUGGCAUCGCGGCACUGCACACACUCGCCUCCGUACCACCGUACGACAACCUGGCGAUGUGCAAGGCCGCUUCCAAGUACCUGGAUAAGUUCACUUCACCGCAUAUCGCUCAAUCCGCGCUCAGAUGCAUGCUCACGUGCACCGCUGCGGAAGCCGCUCCCUUUAUCAUCUCAGUCAUUCUCAGUAUUCAGUCCGACGCAUCACUGGAGAGGGUGGUAAACGUGCUUGGUGGCAUCAUGCUAUCCGCCGCGGCGCACGAGCGAAGGCUGCUAUGCACUGUUGUGACUGGGGUCGUGGAGAAACUCAUCGCGGCCCGUCGUCAGCCAACCAUCGUUGUCUCGCUGAUUUGCAAAUUGGACCUCUCGGAGUGGGUGCCGCGCCUGGUAGAGAUGGAAACAGCUGGGCUCAUGCAUCCUGGUGCCGCAGCGGCGUUGAUUGGCUCGGUACAGGGCUACUCCUAUGCCAGCCAUAACACAGGUGCGAUGGAAGUCCUGGAGCAGACAGUGCUGAAAAGGCACCCUUCUGCCCUCCUGCGCCGCCUCGGCUUGGCGAUGCUUCUCGCAACAUGUAAGAAGCGGGGCUGGAGUGAGGAUCGCAAACUCUCCCUGGCAGCGUACUGCGAAGACAGCAACUUGUGGGUCUCCUCCGACGCCCGCCUCGCGCAGAGCGACUAA